CAUACAUAUCCCGUCCUCCCCUGCUCCGCAUGCGACGACCAAACUGGCCAGCCUGGUCCGAGUCGUGAGCCAUCCCUAGUUUCUGACGACUUCGCCUGCGCCGGCGGCAUGCAAGAAAUACAUGGGCACGGCACGACGGAACAUCGAGAAACGGCGGCGUUAAGUGUCAUUGGCACGCACGCCUCUCGACGCCAACAAACCGAUCGCUCCCGCCUCCUCUCCUCCCCACGCGAUCAAAUUGCGUACAGCGUUGCCAAUGGCAAUGAGCAAGCUCGCCGUCGCCGGAGAGAGGCCGGGCUGGGCCGACCUCCCGCGCGAUCUCCUUGAGUCCGUCCUCGGCCGCCUCCCUGUGCCGGAUUGCCUCCGCUUCCCCGCCGUCUGCACCGCGUGGCAGUCAGCCGCCGCCGCUGCUGCCGCCACCACCACCACUGCCGCGCCGCACCAGGCCGUGCUGUCCCCGUGGCUCAUGCUCCCCGUCAACCCGACCACGCACAGGCACACGCGGAGCGGCGAUGCUGAUGCCAAGUUAUUGGAGGCGCGGUUCUUGAGCCUGACAGAUGGUAGGGCGUACGCCAUACGGCAGCCGGCACCCGCCGUCUCCGACCGCCUCUGCGUCGGCUCGUCCGACGGGUGGCUCAUCACCGCCGACGCCGCCUCGGAGCUGCAACUCCUGAACCCGCUCAGCGGCGCGCAGGUCCAGCUCCCGUCCGUCGCCACGCUCCCGUUCGUCGAUGCCAGCCGCGACGCGGACGGCCGUGUCGUAAGCUACAGCCUUCGGUGCUGCUUCACCGAUGACGACGGCAACAGGGACGAGAUACUGAUCCCGCCGGAGACAUUCGCGCCGGACAGGCUCCGGUACGAGCUCUACGAGAAGGCCAUCCUCGUGUCCGCGCCACGUAGGCCGACCACGUCGGGCUCCUGGGGCGGCUACGCCGUGCUGCUCAUCUACCAGCCCCUGUUCCGUCUCGCCAUCGCCCGAGCCGGGGACACGAAAUGGACUCUGCUCGACACGCCCGCGCGCUGCUGGGUCGACGCAGUGCGCGCAUCCUCCGCGGCCAGUGCGGACGGGAGGCAACGGCAAGAGGUGUACACGAUGGACACCGCGGGGCGCGUCGAGGCAUGGGACAUGGACGCGACUCCGACGCCGUCCAGGGUGAUCGCGCCGCCGUGCUGCUGCUCGGUCCGCGCGUGCUCCAUGUCGGCAGAGUGCCGCAAAUACCUCGUGGAGCUCUCGCCGGGGCACCUGCUCCAGGUGCACCGGCUCCGGGACGCGGCGCACUCGCGGUACACGUGGGAGCCCCGGCCGGAGCGCGUCGAGUACACGACCACCAGGGUCGAGCUUUUCGAGUGGAAGGCCGGCGCGGGAGGCCGCGGCCAGUGGGCUCAGGUGGAUGGCAAGGACACCGGCCGCGGCGUCUUGACCGGGCGCGCGCUGUUCCUGGGGAAGAGCGCGUCGCUGUGCGUCCCGGUGGACGGCGGCUGCUGCCCCGAGCUGAGGGGCAACCGCGUCUACUUCACCGACGACGGCCCGUGGUCGCACGAGAGGUGCCACGAGGUGGCGCCGGACGUCGGCGUGCUCGACCUCGCCGACGGGAGCUACAGGCAGCCGCGCGGCGCGGGGCGCGACCUGCUCUGGAAGUGGCCGCCCCCGGUUUGGGUGUUCCCUUCGCUCGCCAACUGAUUGAUCACCCCUGAAUGCUCGCAAGUUUCAUGACGUAUCCAGCUUCGAUUAGAUAACAUUUUCAGGACGAACUGCGACUCAGCUUCGGUUAGAUAACCUUCGUCUGCCUCCAGUAUAUCCCUCAUGUGCAUAACCAUGUGUACAGCUCCGGUUAUAAACACGUAUCCACCUUCGAUUAGAUAACAUUUUCAGGUCAAUCUCUCGUUGACCUCAUGCAAGGCAACAAACACGCGGCUGGCUGUAUCAAAGUCAAUCAAGAUCAU